CCUUUCACUUAAGGAACAAAAGCAUCUCCCAAGGGAGCUUUGUCCAACAGAGAAAGCGAUAAUUGGUUAUGAAUACACAAUUGUUGUUCCUUAGCUACUCUGUUUAGAGUAGAAUCUGUCAGAGAACUACGUCUGGAGCUCGGUUAAUUCUUCUCGAGAACAUGGCUGUAAAGACGGUAAAACUUGCUCCAGCAGAUGAAAGAUUCAAGCGAGAGUUUCCUAAAAUUUGGGAAUACAGGUAUGGCGACCGCAAAGAGCUGUCGCAUUGGUCGAAACAUGAACUACCAUUAAUUCAACUGAUCGGCAAACUGGACACAGAUCACUGGACAAAACUAAAGCGAAGGCAUCAGACGUUCUAUACUUCCAUGGAUCCUCGCUCAAAACUCAACCAGACAUCAGUCAACGAUCUUCCCAAACCACACGGUGGAAUACAGCAACACUAUUAUGACCAGAGCAGGAAUAGAGCGGAACACUUACUUCAAGAGGGUAGAACCAUGUACAGCUUACCAGACGUCCAUUUUACUGGCAACAGGAAUAAAACUGCACGAAGACAGCCAUCUAUAUAUAACCAACACGCUAAGAAUGGCUUUAAAUUCUGGAUGGAAGGAGACCCUAAUGUUAACAAGAUAUCUUUUUGUUCCAAGUAUACAUUUGGUUCGAAGUACACGAUACAUGGACUUGGCAAUGCACCUCGUAACUAGAUUGUCAUAGGAAACAACUGAUAUUAGUGAUUAAAGAGUCUGACUGAGGCAUCACCUCGUUGGUGUGUGAAUACUAAAGAACUGAACCAACUGUUACUUUAUUGACGUCUUCGUAAAUUUACUACUAUUUUAUCGUAUGUUUUAUCUACAUUUUUACGCGAAGAUUAAAACAACCUUUUAUAAUGUUUGAUACAGAUUUAGUACGUUUAAUGCUAAGCAGCGUAUUGGUAUAUAUCAUAUCACUGUCUUAAUAGUGGUUUAUAUCUUGAUAGUGGCGAUGACCGCGGAAUUCUAGAAGAAAAUAAAACAGACGAUAGAAAAAUAA